UUUCAACCCCAUCUUCUUCACUCAAAAAAAGCCUAAUUCUCAAGGCGGCUUUCUGUUUUCCUUUCUUGGCUUAGAUCCACUAACUCGCUAACUCAGUAACUGAGUUACCGUCCUCUUCUUCUUCUUCCAAUUUCUUCUAACUGCUAAAUACAGAACCAGAUUAUAAAAAAAAUGAACGGCAGCGAUAACAGACGGCGAGAUCGCAGAGAUACAAGGAUUUCCAAGAAGCAGAAGCUAAUUCUCAGUGCUGAGGAGCAACUCGAGUCCAAACUCGGCUUCGAUCUCUUUACCGAAGGCGAUAAACGCCUUGGCUGGCUCCUCACUUUUGCCUCGUCUUCUUGGGAGGAUCAAGGGACUCGUAAAGUCUACAGUUGUGUCGACCUUUAUUUCGUUUGCCAGGAUGGUUCGACGUUUAAGGCAAAGUACAGGUACAGGCCAUAUUUUUAUGCGGCCACCAAGCCAAAAAUGGAAAUGGAUGUGGAGGCAUAUUUGAGACGACGAUACGAGGGUCAAAUUGCAGAGAUUGAAAUUAUAGAGAAAGAGGAUCUCGAUCUUAAAAAUCACCUCUCUGGCUUAUCCAAAUCUUAUCUGAAGAUAGCUUUUGAUACUGUUCAACAAUUGAUGAGUGUCAAGAAUGACCUAAUGCAUAUUGUAGAAAGAAACCAAGAAAAGCUUGAUGCUAGCGAAGCUUAUGAGUUCAUCUUGACAGAAAAGAGUAAACAAAGGCCUCAAGAUUUUAUAGAUUGUAUUACUGACCUCCGGGAGUAUGAUGUCCCCUAUCACGUACGCUUUGCAAUUGACAAUGAUGUAAAAAGUGGGCAGUGGUAUGAUGUUACUGUAUCCAGUUCAGGAAUUGAACUCCAGAGGAGGACAGAUCUCUUGCAACGUGCUGAAGUUCACGUUUGUGCUUUUGAUAUUGAAACAACAAAGCUGCCUUUGAAAUUUCCAGAUGCUGAAUAUGAUUCAAUAAUGAUGAUCUCUUACAUGGUUGAUGGACAGGGUUAUUUGAUUAUCAACAGAGAGUGUGUUGGGGAAGAUAUAGAGGACUUAGAGUACACCCCAAAACCAGAAUUUGAGGGGUACUUUAAAGUUUCCAAUGUGAAAAAUGAGGAAUGGCUUCUUAGAGAGUGGUUUGCACAUAUGAAAGAAGUGAAGCCGGGGAUAUAUGUCACAUACAAUGGUGAUUUUUUUGACUGGCCAUUCUUGGAGAGCAGAGCAGCUCAUCAUGGUUUUAGAAUGAAUGAUGAGCUUGGGUUUCAGUGUGACAAGAAUCAAGGCGAAUGUCGUGCUAAAUUUGCCUGUCAUUUGGAUUGCUUUGCUUGGGUAAAACGUGAUAGUUAUCUUCCUCAGGGAAGCCAUGGCCUGAAGGCUGUUACAAAGGCCAAACUGGGUUAUGACCCUUUGGAGGUAAAUCCUGAGGACAUGGUUCGCUUUGCAAAGGAAAGGCCCCAGAUGAUGGCUUCCUAUUCUGUUUCUGAUGCUGUGGCAACCUAUUAUUUAUAUAUGACCUAUGUACAUCCCUUCAUUUUCUCUCUUGCAACCAUUAUACCCAUGCCUCCAGAUGAAGUAUUGCGGAAAGGAAGUGGGACUUUAUGUGAAAUGCUUCUUAUGGUCCAGGCUUACAAAGCAAAUGUUAUCUGUCCAAACAAACACCAAUCUGAUCCAGAGAAGUUUUACAAUAAUCAGCUCCUAGAGAGUGAGACAUACAUUGGUGGCCAUGUCGAGUGCCUAGAAAGUGGUGUUUUUAGAUCUGAUCUUCCAACUAGCUUUAAACUUGAUCCAUCUGCUUAUGAGCAACUAAUUGACAACCUUGAUCGUGAUCUACAAUAUGCCAUUAGUGUAGAGGGAAAGAUGGAUCUGGAAUCAAUCUCAAACUACUACGAAAUAAAAGAUGCCAUCAGUGAAAAGCUUAUAAGGUUGCGAGAUGACCCUGUACAUGAAGAAUGUCCUCUCAUAUAUCAUCUCGAUGUGGCUGCUAUGUAUCCAAACAUUAUAUUGACAAACAGGCUCCAGCCACCAUCAAUUGUCACGGAUGAAAUUUGCACUGCAUGUGACUUCAAUCGCCCAGGAAAAAAUUGUCUACGAAAACUUGAAUGGGUCUGGCGAGGGGAGACCUACAUGGCAAAGAGAAGUGAUUAUCAUCAUCUAAAGAGGCAGCUUGAGUCGGAGCUUGUUGAAGGUGCGGAUGGGCAAUCAGCAAAAACUUUUCUUGAAUUGCCGAAAGCAGAGCAACAAUCAAAACUGAAAGACCGUCUUAGGAAAUAUUGCCAAAAGGCUUAUAAAAGAGUACUUGACAAACCAGUUACUGAGCUUCGAGAAGCAGGGAUCUGUAUGCGUGAAAAUUCCUUCUAUGUUGACACUGUCCGUAGUUUUCGAGAUAGAAGAUAUGAAUACAAAGGUCUUAAUAAAGUCUGGAAGGGAAAGUUGUCCGAAGCCAAAGCUAGUGGAAAUCCUAUGAGGAUCCAGGAAGCACAAGACAUGGUUGUUCUAUAUGAUUCUUUACAACUUGCUCAUAAGUGUAUUCUCAACUCUUUCUAUGGAUAUGUCAUGCGAAAGGGUGCCAGAUGGUAUUCUAUGGAAAUGGCUGGAGCUGUUACAUAUACAGGAGCAAAAAUUAUUCAGAAUGCUCGGUUGCUGAUUGAAAGAAUUGGAAGACCACUUGAACUAGAUACAGACGGAAUCUGGUGUGCCUUGCCUGGGUCUUUUCCAGAGAACUUUACCUUUAAAACAAAAGACCCAAAGAAGAAGCUGACAAUCUCAUACCCAUGUGUUAUGCUUAAUGUCGAUGUGGCAAGAAACAACACUAACGAUCAAUACCAGACUCUGAAAGAUCCUAUAACUAGGACCUAUACAACGCACAGUGAAUGCUCAAUUGAGUUUGAAGUUGAUGGACCCUAUAAGGCUAUGAUUCUUCCUGCUUCCAAGGAAGAAGGAAUCUUGAUAAAGAAGCGUUAUGCAGUUUUUAAUGAUGAUGGGACCCUGGCAGAGCUGAAAGGUUUUGAGAUUAAACGGCGUGGAGAGCUAAAGCUCAUCAAAGUUUUCCAGGCUGAACUUUUUGAUAAAUUUCUGCAUGGGUGCACCUUAGAGGAGUGCUAUUCAGCUGUUGCUUCUGUUGCAAAUCGAUGGCUUGAUCUUCUCGAUAAUCAAGGAAAAGACAUUGCAGACAGUGAACUGCUUGAUUACAUAUCAGAAUCAAGCACAAUGAGCAAGUCCUUAGCAGACUACGGUGAACAAAAGUCUUGCGCUGUUACCACAGCAAAGCGACUAGCUGAUUUUUUGGGGGAUACAAUGGUUAAAGACAAAGGAUUGCGUUGUCAAUAUAUUGUUGCAUGCGAACCAAAGGGAACCCCUGUAAGUGAGCGUGCUGUGCCAGUUGCCAUAUUUGAAACUGAACCUGAGAUUAUGAAGUUUUAUGUAAGGAAGUGGUGCAAGAUUUCAUCAGAUGGUGGCAUACGUUCCAUUAUUGAUUGGUCCUAUUACAAGCAGCGUCUGAGUUCAGCUAUCCAGAAAACAAUUACCAUUCCGGCUGCAAUGCAGAAGGUGGCCAAUCCUGUCCCAAGGGUAAUUCAUCCCGACUGGCUCCAUAAGAAGGUUCGUGAGAAGGACGACAAAUAUCGCCAGAGGAAAUUGGUUGAUAUCUUUGGUUCCCUGAGUAAAAAUAAUGGUUUAAAAGGAAGUAGUGAUGUUAUCAGUAACAAACAGGGAGUUGAUGAACAAAAUGCUGCAGAUCUGGAGGAUUUUGGGAAAAUUAGUAGGACUUUUCGAGUUGGACCUAGACCUGUUGUUCAUUGUUUUGAUGCCAAUGAAGUGCAGCAAUUAUCUAAAACAAGCUCUGAAUUGGAUUGUCCCCCACAACAAAGUAUUCGUGAUGGAGGCACUCCAAAACUAUGGACAUCUCCACAAGAAGCUGCUAUUUCUAAGGAAAGUAUUGACAGGAAUGUAGAUUAUAGAGGAUGGCUAGAAUUAAAGAAAAGAAAAUGGAGGGAGACACGGGAGAAAAGGAAGCGCCAGAGGUUGGACGCUGCAAGGAAAUCUAAUAAACAGAAUGGUAUUGAUGUACUUCCCGGUUUCAUGUUCAAAUAUGGAAAAGCUAAAAGCCGAGUUGGGGUUAAUUCUUAUUUUGAGAAUCAUCAGAUGGCACUCACCCGCAGCCAUUGGCAGAUAAUCCAGCUCAUACCAAGUCCACAGCAUGGACAUUUUUUUGCCUGGGUAGUGAUAGAAGGAGUCAUGCGUAAGAUUCCUAUUACUGUUCCUAGGGUAUUUUUCCUCAACUCUAAAGAUCCAGUAACAGAAGAAUUUCCUGGAAGGCGUGUGAAUAAAGUUCUACCACAUGGGCAUACUAGCUACAAUUUAAUCGAGGUCAUAAUUGAAGAAGAACAGUUCAAGGAAGAAAGCAAGAAGCUUGCAGCUCACCUUGCAGAUCCUGAAGUGGAGGGAAUAUAUGAAACAAAUGUGCCUUUGGAGUUUAACGCUAUCCUUCAGCUUGGCUGUGUCUGUAAAGUAGAUAAGAAAGCCAAAAGGCGAAAUGGUCAAGAUAGCUGGAGUAUGAGUGAACUGCACAUGAAAACAACAACUGAGUGCUCAUAUCUAGAACAAUCACUGUCUUUCUUCUACUUGUAUCACAGUAUUUCUGAGGCAAGAGCAAUAUACGUUGGGUAUUUUCCUGCAUCUAGAUUAAUAUCAGUACUGGUGGUUAAUCCCUUUCAGAACAAAGAACUAUCACCUCAAAUUCUUGAAAGACUAUUUCGAGAAGCUUGCCAGGCAUUAUCUUUUCAACACCCUAACUCAGCAGAAAGAAUGAGUUUCAAGGUAGAGUAUGUUGGACAUGUCAAGGAUGCUGAGAAGAACAUGCAAAGAAUGAUAAAUGACUACAGAGAUCGACAUCCUGGGCCUGUAAUUGCUGUGAUUGAGUGCCCAAAUUCUGAUUUGCUGAAGUCUAAUAUACAAGCAUUAGAUGAUUUUCCUUGUGUGAACAUUCCUUCCAAUGCUCGUGAUAGUCAAUAUCAGGCUCUUGGGUGGCAAAUUGUUGCUGCAAAAAUUGGGAUGCAUCGAUGUGCAGCAUCUUCUCAGUGGUUGAAAGAGAGAAUCACUCUUUCACGUUAUGCUCAUGUACCACUUGGAAACUUGGAAGUGGAUUGGCUCCUACAUACAGCAGAUAUCUUCUUCUCAAGAGCUUUACGUGAUCAGCAACAGGUUCUUUGGAUAUCUGAUAACGGCAUCCCAGACCUUGGAGGCGUGAAUGAAGAAAUGUCAAGCUUCAUUGAUGAAGUGAAUCAACCAAUUCUCAACUACCCUGGCGCGUAUAGGAAAGUUUCUGUGGAGCUUAAGAUUCAUCACCUGGCUGUUAAUGCUCUUCUGAAGAGCAACCAGAUAAAUGAAAUAGAAGGAGGUACUCUGUUUGGACUGGACCAAGACCUGAAUCCUGCUACUAAAUUUCCAGAUGAGCAAUAUUGCUUUGAUGAGGUGACUUCAUGUGCACCUGCAUUUCGUGUCCUCAAACAGUUGAUUCAAAGAUGUCUGGCAGAUGCAGUUACAUCUGGAAAUGUAUUUGCUGAUGCAAUGCUGCAACAUUUAUACAGAUGGCUUUGCAGCCCAAAGUCUAAACUACAUGACCCAGCUAUCUAUCGCAUGCUACAUAAGGUUAUGCAAAAGGUUUUUGCAUUACUAGUGGCUGAGUUUCGCAAACUGGGUGCAACAAUUGUGUUUGCUAGUUUCUCCAAAGUCAUUAUUGAUACAGGAAAGUUUGAUCUAUUAGCAGCAAAAGCUUAUUGUGAUAGUUUGCUCAAGACUCUGCAGACUAGAGACUUAUUUGAGUGGAUAGAGUUUGAGCCUUUGCAGUUCUGGCACUCCUUCCUUUUCAUGGAUCAGUACAAUUAUGGCGGAAUUCAAGCUAGUUUUCAAGAUGAGUCGUCUAAUGACAAAGCAAGACCAAGUGAUGUUAGCAUACAAAAGGAAUCUGAGGUGGAGAUUGUGUCAAGUUGGAAUAUUGCUGAAAACUUGCCGAAGUUGACUCAGGACCAUUUCAUCUUGAUUGUUUCUGAAUUUAUGUAUAUGCCAUGGAAAUUUGCACAAGAGCAAGCUGCUAAACGAGCAUGUCUGGUGGAUGGUGACUUGUGCACUCCAUCAAUCACAGCUGCUGCUGCUGAAACUUUUGACUUACAGAUGACAGAAGAUCUAAAGAACAAGAUUAGAUCUUACUUCACGGACAAGCUUCUAAAAAUUGUUUGUGAUCCCAGUCUUCUCAUGAAAAGAAAGUCUCACGAUCAACAGAACAUCAUGAAUACAAAUACACAACCUUUGGAGAGUUGCCAUCUGGGCGAUCCUGCAUUAGAGUUCAUUAAGUAUGUUUCCACAGUUUUGGCUCUUGACCAGAGUGUUCAGCAUGAGGUUCUGAUCAUGAGGAAGAAUCUGCUUAAAUUUGUCCGUGUGCGAGAAUUUGCACCAGAGGCUGAAUUUUACAAUCAAUCUCCAUCUUUCACUCUACCAAAUGUCAUUUGCAGCUAUUGCAACGAGUGCAGAGACUUAGAUUUAUGCCGUGACAGAGCUUUACUAGGUCAGGAAUGGCGUUGUGCCGUGCCUCAAUGUGGGCAACCUUAUGAUCGCGAGCUAAUGGAGAAUGCUCUUCUACAGAUCGUAAGGCAGAGAGAGCGACUCUACCAUCUGCAGGACUUGGUAUGCCUCAAGUGCAACCAGAUUAAAGCUGCACACUUAGCUGAGCAUUGCUCAUGUGCUGGGUCAUUUAGGUGCAAGGAAGAUGUCUCAGAGUUCCGUAACAAGAUGCAAGUUUUUCUAAACAUCGCACAGGAUCAGAAAUUUCAGCUACUUCAAGAGUGUACUUCCUGGAUCUUGGAAGUCAGUCAGUUUUGGUGAUGAGAUGUACCUUAUCCUGUGAAACAAACUUGGGAUGCAAAGCAACUGUCGAAUACGUGUGAAACCUGCGAGAUUUACAAGGAAAUUGCUGGUUUCUGGGACAUGCAAUCUUUCAUGCAACAGGAGCAGCGCCCAAGGAUGACAUGCUAUGGGGUGGCUUGGCUGUGGUAUCGGGUUUCCACCAAAAGUCAGAGACUGGGCGGCACCCAUGGCGUGCAGAGGUUUGCUCUGAAAUAAAUUAAAUUCCGUGCUCGGCUUACUUGGCUCCUACCAGUGUUAUUUAUGCACCUUUUGUAGCAUUGCAUUUUACAGCAGAUUAUUGCUGGUAAAGCCAAAUGCCCGGAAGUCAGAGAGACCAUUGAGAUGUGGGUAUUGAAGGGCCAGCCAGGGAUGGAGGAGAGGAAUCGAAUGUAAAUAAUUUCUCAGAUCUCCCAUGUAUAUGGAAGAAUUAAUAUACAUCCACCCAUAUGCUACAUAUACGCUUUUGAUUUGGCAACUCGAGUAAAGCAUCAAUUAAUGCAUCUCUCAA